CGCUCAUCUCGACACUCAAUUGCGAUGGCCGCUAUCAACAGCGACCUCUUCAUCGAGACUCCGGCUGCUAAGGCGCCGGCGCCGAUUAAUGCCGAGUAUGGUGUUCCGACUACGGGUUCGCCUACUAUCCCCAAUGCGCCUUUGCCCGCUGAGGGUCCUGGAACGCACACGUUCAGCAACAAGCUCCUUUUCGGGUUGAUUGCCGGUGUCCCGGCUUACUUCACGUACAAGGUUGGCGGUGGAAAGUUCACUUACAUUUUCUUCUUGAUUGCAACUUUUAUCCCUGUCUUGGUGACAUUCUGGUACAUCGCUUCCUGCACCGGUGGUCGCUUGAACGAGAAGGCUCGCUUCCCUAACCGUGGUGUCGAGCACUACCUCACCUUCAAGAACCCCUCCGAUGCCGCCCGUUACCGUGGUAACCGUAAGAUCCCCAUGGAGACCUUCCACGAGAUGUACUUUGACGAGCUCGUUGACUUCCGUAUCGACCCCCAUGAGGCCAUGGAGUACCGCCACGACUGGGCUUCCUUCCGUUUCACCCUUUCUUUGUUCAAGUUUUUCUUGACCGGCAUGAUCCCCGAGGUCCUCAUCCACUCUCGUUCCCAGGAUGAGGAGCAGGUUCGCGGACACUACGACCGUGGAGAUGACUUUUACGCGUGGUUUUUGGGACCGAGGAUGAUCUACACCUCUGGUAUUAUCUCUGACACCGAGCGUGAGGAGUCUUUGGAGGAGUUGCAGGAUAACAAGCUUCGUGUCGUUUGUGAGAAGAUUGAGUUGAAGAAGGGAGAGCUUUUGCUCGACAUUGGGUGUGGAUGGGGAACUCUCACCGCGUACGCUUCUUCUCAGUAUGGUGCCGAUGUUACUGGUAUUACUCUCGGUCGUAACCAGACCAAGUGGGGUACGGAGCAGAUCGCCAAGGUUGGCGUUGACCCCUCUCAGGCUCGUAUCUUGUGCAUGGACUACCGUGACAUUCCCGUUCCUGAGGGCAAGUACAACAAGAUCACAUGUCUCGAGAUGGCUGAGCACGUCGGUGUCCGUCACUUCCACUCUUUCCUCCGUCAGGUCUACGACAUGCUCGACGACGACGGUAUUUUCUACCUCCAGAUCGCUGGUCUCCGUAAGUCUUGGCAGUACGAGGACUUGAUCUGGGGAUUGUUCAUGAACAAGUACAUUUUCCCUGGUGCCGAUGCCUCUACUCCUCUCGGAUGGUUCAUCGACUCUCUUGAGGGUGCUGGAUUUGAGGUUAAGGGUGUUGACACCAUUGGUGUUCACUACUCUGCUACCCUCUGGCGCUGGCUCCGUAACUGGCAGGGUAACGAGGAGAAGAUCAAGGCCAAGUACGGAGAGCGCUGGUACCGUAUUUGGGUAUACUUCUUGUCCUACUCUACCAUCAUCUCUAGGCAGGGAAGUGCUACUUGCUACCAGAUUGUGUUGCACAAGAACUUGAACGGCUUCCACCGUGUUAACGGUGUUUCUACUCAGUGGAGCUUGAAGACCCCUCUUCAGGGAUUGAAGAAGUGGUUCUGGAUGUAAGCGGGGAAGAAAGGCGUGACCGAAAAGAAGGACGUUGCAUUGCUUGAUUUGCCAGCAUUUGCAUAAGAUUUGUGAAAUAUCUAGGUUGGUUAUAGAAUACAAAAACUGAAGUUGCGAAGU